CUCAAAAAAACAUGGAUGAUGAGUAAGUUCUUGCAGCGUUUACCUUUAGCUUUUCAGAGCUUUAAAUACGUUCAGUGAUUAUUGCAUCCUACCAGCAAAGAGAAUACCUCAUGCCAAUACACGUACGGACUCCUUUGGAAACACCAUUGGCGUGGCAUCCUCAUGUUGCUAGUGCCCAUAGUAUUCUUGCCAAUAAUGGUACCAGCAUAUGAACCGCAUAACCGCACCAUUUAUGUCUUCGUGGUAAUGGCGGUCUUCUGGUUGGCCGAGGUAACGCCGCUGCAGGUGACUGGUUUGCUGCCGAUUGCAGUGAUGCCAUUUCUUGGUAUUUUGGAUACGGAUGAUGUGUGCAAGAGUUUCUUAACCACCUCUUUGGCGAUUUUUAUAGGCUCCACUAUAGUCGCUCUUGCUGGAGAAUUUAGCAAUUUGCAUACGCAUUUAGCACUCGGUUUACUCACCACGAUUGGUUGCAGUCCCAGGCGUGUGCUCUUUAGCCUUAUCAUCACUACGGGUUUUUUGUCCAUGUGGAUGCAGAACACCAUUGUUGUAGCGCUAAUGUUGCCCAUAGUGAAGGCGGUGCUCAACGAGUUUGAAGUGGGUGGACUGAAAAUCCGAGAGGAGAAUAAGCCUGAUCAGGAGGAAGAAGACCGAGAGGCCUCCCCUAUUGCUAUUGGCUACUACUUGGGUGUGUGUUAUGCGGCAGCAAUAGGCGGCUGUGGUACACUCAUCGGCUCGGCAACACACUUGGCUGGCAAAGGAAUGUAUCAAAUCUUAUACCCGAACGCCACGGAACAUAUUACUUUCCCCAGAUUCAUGGUCUACAAUCUACCUUGGGUUCUAGUAGCUUUAAUACUCUUGUAUCCAAUUCUUCUAAUUACAAAUCUUGGAUUAUUUAGCCCCAAAAGCGAGACUGGUGUUGCGCUAUUCAAUUUUGGUAUCAACUCUAAAGAUGUGGCAGCCUCAGUGAGGCAGAAAUUUGAGAAUAUUGGAACUAUAAACUUACAAGAAAUUCAAAUUCUUAUCUUAUAUUUGCUUAUGAUAUUCUUGCUUAUAUUUCAAUCGCCAGACAUUAUGCCAGGCUGGGCGGAUCUCAUACAAAAGAAAUAUUAUAUAACAGCGCCAACGGCAAUUAUUCCCUUUGUUGCAAUGCUCUUUUAUAUACCCGCCAAUUAUGUUUGCUGCAAAUUUUGUUGCGGAUAUGGUCCUUUUCCGAAUAAGGCCACCUUACCUUUACUCUCGUGGAAAUAUGUUGAAUCAAAUUUUCCUUGGUACACAAUUUUAGUACUUGGUGGCGGCUAUGCGUUGGCAAAGGCUUUCUUAGAGACUGGUUUAGCGCCGUGGCUUGGGAACAAGAUGACAUUUUUUGAGUCCUUGCCAGUACCAAUCUUACAAUUUCUUGCUAUAAUUUUUGGUGUGCUUAUCUCAACGCUGCGUACAAAUGUGGCAGCUUGUAAUGUUGUCAUACCACUGUUGAGUGAAGUGUCACGUGGCGCCAAAACGCAUCCGUUAAAUUUGAUUCUCCCCGGAACUAUGGGAUGUAGUAUUGCAUUUCUUUUGCCCUUUAGUACGCCGCCAAAUGCUUUCAUAGCGGCGAAUGCGAAGAUCGGCACUAAGAAAAUGGCUAUUGCCGGUAUAAUACCUACAAUUACAGCAAUAUUACUUAUCUACUUAACUGCUCUAACUUGGCACUUCAUUCUGUAUCCAGACACCAAAGAAUAUCCGGAUUGGGCCAAGCUGUAAACUACUGUAAAAAAGUGACAAGCUUUGCGGCAACUGAAUUCCGAAUGUAGAGGUGAUAGUCGGCAUUCGUAAUUUCGUGCAAGUUUUUAUUGUUCUUCGUUUUUUUUUAACUAUUUGUGUUAGUAAAAUAUGUUUAUUUAUAUUUUUAUUCUACCUUUAAUAAAAGGUUGAGUCCAAAAGAUUUUGGCAAGGCAA